AAAGGGCCCGUGUCCAUUAGCGUACAUGACUUAACUGGGGGAAGACAACAGAAUGUAUCUAAAACUUGGUUUUCUUCUUGUUUUGUUCUCUAUCGUUUUGGCAGAGAACUACUUCGAAAGGGAUGAGGAGGAAUUAAGAGAUCCUGUAGAGGAACUCAGAGAGGGAUUCGUGAAAACUAAAUUGGCAGACCCAUGGCGAUAUAGAUAUAGAUACCGCCGAGCUCGACGUCUCGGGUGUUUCAAGGGUAAGCGAAAAGUAUGUACCAAACACUACGGAGACGACGGUAAACUCCGGUAUUUCUGCAAGUGCGUGAGUCAAGGAAGAGACGCGCCAGCUGAAAGCCCUUCGUUUGAAGACAACAGUUCUGAGAAUUGGCUAGAUAACUAAGGCAGUUAACAGAACAAGUCCAAGAGAAGCCAAUUGCGAAAUAGUUAAAGAUCAUCUCAUGAAUGAAACAAUAAACGAACGAGUUGAUCAACUGGAUUGUUGUGAAUAACUGAUUCUUUAGAAUAAAAGAAAUUGACCAGUGA